AUGGGAAAGGAACAAGAAUCCUCUUUUAUGGACUCAUUAGAGAACAGGUUGUCAUCCGAGGCACUGCUAAGUGAAAACGAGGAAGGACAGGAUGAUAUUGAGAAAAAUUUGCAAAGUACGGCCACAUCUCGCCACUGCACCGUGAGAAUUGCAAAGUCAUUCUACCGGCCAUUGUAUGUUGUCUUCCAGGUCAUUCAGAUAGGCUUUGCCCUAUACGGGGUGGCUACCCUGAUUUUCCCGCUUCAAUUCUCUCUACGGCAUCAUACAGAAGGAAAGGCAAACCCUUAUGGGUUUUCCUAUGAUGAAAAUGGGACAGCCAUAUUUGACAAGCAUCCGUGCGACUGUGGUGACUCAGUUGCCGAGGCACUUAGCAAUGGCUGUAUCUACGACGAGCUGUCCGCAGCAUGGCUACCAGAUCGGUGUCGGGAUGAUGCCCUCACUGCUGAGUUUGCAGCUAUAGGCGAUGGGCCAGAUGGGCGUUGGAUGUAUUGGGCUCAUAAGAACCGUACAGUCAAUCUCACACUUGAAGAGGUGUCUCGAUACUCAGAUAUCCAACCUGAGCAGUAUCAUAUGAGCAAUGCCUGGCAUGUUUGGCACUGUCUAUACUUGUGGAAAAAGGAACAUCGAUUCAAAAUCAACGGAAAAUACUUCGAUCCACGAGCAGACUCAGAGGAGCAUAUUCACCAUUGCAUGAAGGUUUUGACCAGCCAUAAAAUGGACAGAACUACCGCCGCAGGCGCAUCUUUAGUUGGAUAA